CAGGUUAAUCAUCAUCAUUAAUUUAAAGUCAAUAAAAUGUUUAUGACGUUCACACGCUGGUGACCCUAUCCGUUUCCAAUUAGAAAAAUGUCAUUUUCCGAUUCAAAUCCAACGACGCUUUCUGUUUAUCAAUAAAAUCGCUUCACUCUGCUGCCUCGGUUGGCUUUCCGAAACAGUAUUUUCGAUGUGAAAUAAAGUGUAAUUUUAAUAUAACUCACCUGGAAAAAGUGCUCAGCAAAGUUUGGUUCAGUGGUGCAUCAUUGAACCAAUGUGGACAUAUCGGAAAAAAACCCCGUCGGAAACAUUGAGCUGAGUGAGUAACGAUCCAUCCCCAAGGAUGGACUUCGGCGAUCGGAUUGAGGAUUACGAAGUGUAUGAAAUACUGGGCAAGGGGGGAUUUGCCAGUGUGUACCGAGCAAAAUGCCUUGGAACCGGGAACUUUGUGGCGAUCAAAAUGAUCGACAAAAAAUUGAUGCAAUCUUCUGGAAUGGCCAACCGGGUUCGACAGGAGGUGAGCAUUCAUUCCCAGCUGAAGCAUCCGUCAAUCCUGGAGUUGUACACAUUCUUCGAGGAUGCCAACUACGUCUAUCUGGUACUGGAGCUAGCUGAGAACGGUGAACUGCAGCGGUAUCUCCGGGAAACAAAGAAGACGUUCAACGAGUACGAAGCUGCCUCGGUGCUGAAGCAGGUGGUAGAUGGACUGCUGUAUCUUCACUCGCAUCACAUCCUACAUAGGGAUAUGUCCCUCGCCAAUCUGUUGCUCACCAAGCAGAUGACCGUCAAGAUAUCGGAUUUUGGGCUGGCGACGCAGUUGACACGACCGGAUGAAAAACACAUGACACUCUGUGGGACCCCAAACUACAUCUCACCGGAGGUGGCUUCCCGUGCGUCGCAUGGUCUUCCGGCCGAUGUCUGGGGUCUCGGCUGUAUGUUGUACACUUUCCUGGUAGGGAAGCCUCCUUUCGAUACCGAAGGAGUGAAGUCCACCCUGACGAAGGUCGUGAUGUCCAACUACACCAUUCCAUCGUACAUUUCGGCGGAGGCGCGGGAUUUGAUUGACCAACUUCUGAAGAAGAAUCCGGCAGAACGAAUCAAGCUGGAUCAGGUAUUGCAGCAUCCCUUUAUGCAAAAGGCGACCGGCUUCAGCUAUCGGGCCGGAGGUACGCUUGCUUCCAGCGAUAGUGGUGUCGUCACAAUGUCCAGCAACGGAAGCUCCAAUCGUUCAAACAUUCCUUCCGGCUACGGCCAUGAUCGGUUUCAACCGGCACCCAUCGGCCAUCAAAUACCUCUGCGAUAUCAACCGAUCAGCGAGCACGAGUAUGACUUCCAGGAGAGCAUUCUGCCACCACAGCGACCGAAAUCCGCUUCGCACAACAAACCAACGUCGGAUUUCUUCUCCGGCGUGAGCAACGAUCGUCGAAUGAUGGCCCCGCCUUCUCGAGCUAUCCAGCAUCACCUGAACCAGAUAUCCCUUCUACAACAGUUCAACAGUUUAGAACUGAUGGAAAAAUACAACAUCAACAAAGCGGACAUUGCCAGUGUGGGGCGAUCGGCAUCCGAGGGUAGCUCUGGAAUGCUUCUGCAGGAACAACAUCAAAGGCACCAGCAGCAGCAACACCAUGCUAUUUCAUUGCUAAAUUCCAAGCCCAAAUCGGCUUCUAUCUCGAUGCUUUAUCAGAUACCGGGUAGUGGGGAGCCUUCGUCGUUCGGCGAAAAGGAAAACUACAUUCACCAUAAGCGGGAUGAACGGGAAACGCCUUUGAAUCUCGGGGAUUAUGAUUUCAUUGACCACUGUCAACCUAAGGGCAAAGACUAUGCAUCGCGCAGUGCCACACCGAAACGUAGAAGCCCCGCUAAGUCGCCCAGAAAGCGCCUAGACGUUCCACCUCUCAACACAGCCCGGUUGCUUCCCAAUCGGCACAAGACCAAGAAUGCCAUUCUCAGCAUCCGAUCCAGUGGGGAAGUUGUGUUGGAGUUCAUCAAGUUUAAAACCCGCUACAAAGAGGACCGGGUGGUGGACGUUUGUCGAAUAUCGUCCGAUGGUUUGCGAUUCGUGCUGUACCAUCCGGAUGGGGGCAAAGGUGUCCCCAUAGAGGACGAACCGCCUGACGUGCCUCCGGGCGGAGCCGACAGUAUCUUCAGCUACGAGAAUCUGCCGGAGAAGCACUGGAAAAAGUAUCAGUACGCGGCGCGGUUUGUGCAGAUGGUGAAGGCCAAGACUCCCAAGAUCACGUACUACAGCGAGAAGGCCAAGUGCCAGCUGAUGGAGACGCUGGAAGAUUACGAAGCGAGUUUCUAUAGUGGAACCAAAAUUGUGAAAUCACCCCAGGACGGCGUCAAAAUAGUGGAUUCCAACGGCAUCACCAUAAGGACCACUGCUAAUUUGAGUUCCUCGCAGAACGCAGAGUAUCAGCAUUUUCAGCAAACCAUGGAACACUGUCUGAACAUCGAGCGAGCCCUUUCUGCCAUCCAAACUGGGAAAACCUUUCCGCUCAUCAUCGGUCGACGACCUGCACACGCCCCUCCUCCAUCGUCCAGCUCCUCUUCUUCCUCAACCAAAGAAAACCAAAUCUAUUCUAACAUCUCCUCUCCCAACACCCCUCACACGCCCCAUCAGAUGCCAUCGUUUGCCAUGUCCACCGGGUCCCACACCUCGGCUGGCAAUCCACUAAGCCGUCGCCCUAUUCCCUCCUCCAAACCCGUACCUCCCAACUUUUCCAACGUGGCCACGAAAAAGUGCACCAUCCCGGGCAUCGGAACGGCCGUCCAGCUGUCGCAGGGCGUCGUCCAGGUCCAGUUCCUCGACGGAGCCACCCUUUCGCUGAUCCCAAUCGAGCAGGGCGGUGGCGUGACGUUUUCCCCCGCCAUUGGAAGCCCACUGCAGCACUACUCCACCCAGGACGAUGCGCUGCUGCCGGCGACCCUGCGGGACAAAAUCGGCCAAAUGCCGGCGAUCUUGCGCGAACUAAACACCGCUCCGGUGCCGUCGAUUCCGUUCAACUUUGUCGAGGGCUCUUCGCCGCGGACACCAUUGACGAGGUUUAUGCGAUGAAGGCGGAGGAAGCCUCGAUAGCGGAAACAAUGCUUUUGUUAAAGUUCAAAUCAACAAAAUUCGUUUUAAGCCAAACUCUCUACUAAUUGUAUUUGUAGGUGGUAUUACGAUAGCUCAGAGAUUUUAUCGACAGUGAAAUCACGUUCUAUGGACAGUAGGAAACUUGCACUAUUUUCUAGUUCAACUGUACUGAAGUAAUUUAUUAUAUAUUUUUUUAA